AUGUCUGUUUGUAUCGUACGAAAUGAAAAUCUAGCUUUAAUAAUGGAUAUUACAGUUGUUAAUUGUGGAAAUUAUAUUUAUGCUGAAGAUGAUGAAAUAUACAAAGGAAAAUAUUUAGGGAAAAUCAAUUCCUACCAUCAUCAAGUAUCUGGUGAUAUUUACGCUGUAGAUGACUAUACAUUACUAUUAGAAGCAUUUAAUUAUGACGGUAAUGGAAUUGAUACUUUUUUUUGGGCCGGUGCUUCGAAUCGACCUGGACCUCAAGGUUUUAUAGUUCCUGAUGAAUAUGGCAAGACAAAUGUCUUGGACCGAUAUUUUAACAAAGAUUUUACGUUAACAUUACCUGAAGGGAAAAAAAUUACUGAAAUUAAAUGGUUUGCUGUCUACGAUAUUCAAACACAGAAUACUUUUGGUGAUAUUUAUAUUCCAGAAGAAUUCGAACCACCAUCGUUUCAAAAAAUUUCCCAAUUAAAUGGCAAGUUGCAUAAUGUUAACUCUGGUACGGUAGAAAUACUGGAUGCAAAAACUAUACGUAUCCCAGAAUUUACAUACGAUGGUAAGGGAAAAGAAACUUAUUUUUGGAUUGGUGUUGGACCACAACCUUCAUCGAAAGGAAAUCGUGUACCGGAUGAAAGAGGGUACGUGGAUAAUUUAAGAGCAUACAGUUCAGAAGAAGUUAUUUUGGAAUUACCAGGUGAUAUAACGGUUUUCGAAAUUGAUUGGUUAAGUAUUUAUGAUGUAGAAACUCGUGAAAACUAUGGAUCAAUAAAUAUUCCAGAUGGAUUGAAUGUCCCACCUUCACUUAUCAAAAUCACGAAACAUGUGAAAUCUCUACCAAAUUGUUUACAACUUCACAAAGACUUGCAAGUAUCUUGGGAGAUAUUUGGACCAGCUAUCACAAUUGAAUUAGCUGGUCAAGUUGCCGAAGAUGAGUAUAUGGCGUUUGGGCUUUCUGGUUCCAAUGAAAAAAGCCAAAUGUUAGGUGCUGACGUUACAAUUGCCUACAUUGAUGGAUAUCUCGGUGUAGCUGCGGAUUACAACAUUACAGCAUUGGCACCGUGUGGCCAAGUAUUGGGACAAUAUAAGGGUGUAUGUAAGGAUGACGUUGUAGGUGGGCAAGAUAGUAACCAAUUGCAUACUGCCACUCGAGAAAAUGGGAUAAAUUUUAUCACAUAUCGUCGGAGCUUAAUAUCACCCGAUCCAGGUGAUAAAGAAUAUCCGUUGGAUAGACCCAGCUACGUUAUUUGGGCAAUUGGACGUCUAGACGAUAAUAAAGAACCCACUUUCCAUGACAUUUACCCGAAAGGGAAUAUAAAAAUUGAUUUUAACCGAAAAGAGCCAGAAUCAAAUUGUUUUUCAUUCACACGAUCAAAUUCCGUACUUCGUGAACCUUGGGAAAAAGCACAAAUAUUCGAUCGCACAAUACGUACUUUUGUGGCUACAUUAGGUCCAUCAGCUGGUAAACGUGGUUACCAGGGAAUUACAGGGCAAACUUCAACCGCCUUAGCAUGGUAUAUAAAUGGAUAUUUAGUACCUGAAUUGUGGUUACGACGUGGUUUGACUUAUGUCUUCCGAGUUUUUGGUGGCAACAAUCCACAUAGUGCCGAAUUAUAUCAUCCUUUUAUUAUUACCGACGAGCCCCAUGGUGGGUUUGAUAGACUUACAGAUUUAGCACAAGGCAGAGUUCGUGUUUUAGCUGGUGUCGAAUUCACCAGGCGAGGUCGUCCAAAACCAACUGCCAGUGGCCCAUUGUGCUUAGCAAAACAUCGUGAAAGCAAGGAUCGCCGUUUAGAUGAUGAUUUUCCAACAUUCCAAAAAUAUAAUCGAACAUUGGUAUGGACGUGUGAAAGCGGUAGUCCCGCCAUGUUGGAAGUAACCCCAAAUACAUCAUGGCCCGAUGUUGUCUAUUACAAUUCAUUUACACACUCAAAUAUGGGAUGGAAAAUUCAUAUUGUGGAUAGUUAUACAAGGUCCAUAGCAUCCUCAUGCAACUCACAA